ACAACACACUCCCUCCCUAUCGACACCGACAAGGGCCAUCUAUUCACCAUGGCUUCCGUCCCGAGUGUGCAAUGCUUCGGCAAGAAGAAGACGGCCACCGCUGUCGCCCACUGCAAGCAAGGCAAGGGCCUCGUCAAGGUUAACGGCCAGCCCCUCUCCCUGGUCCAGCCCGAGAUCCUCCGCUUCAAGGUCUACGAGCCCCUCUUGAUCGUCGGCGUUGACAAGUUCGCCGGUGUUGACAUCCGUGUCCGUGUCACCGGUGGUGGUCACACCUCCCAGGUCUACGCCAUCCGUCAGGCCAUUGCCAAGUCCAUUGUCGCCUACUACCAGAAGUACGUCGAUGAGCACUCCAAGAACCAGCUCAAGCAGGCUCUUGUCCAGUACGACCGCACCCUGCUCGUUGCCGACAACCGCCGCGCGGAGCCCAAGAAGUUCGGUGGUCGCGGUGCCCGCUCCCGUUACCAGAAGUCCUACCGUUAAAUUCUCUUUCUCUCUUUAUUGCGGGCGAAAGGAAUUUACAAAAAAACGGUGGUGGUCCGUGGAACUCAUGUCUCUUAUUCAUCUCACGACUUGUUUUCAUGGAUUUCUUCUAGGUGGACUGGGUAUUGGGAGGAUUUGGUUGUUGGCGUGAGC